GAAAGGAGAAAGAAUGAUUGAGUUGUAGUGAGUGGCAUGCACUGAAACACCCUCAACAGUUCCAAGUUUCAUAGCCUUCAAAUAGAAUCUUAGCUGUAUGCAACACACCCUUUUCAUCUCAUCAUAAAUUCAACCUUUUCACACUCUCCUUUUCAAACCUCUCACCCCAUUUUCUGUAACAUAAGCCCCCACUCUCAUUACUACUUAUCUCACUCACUCACUCACUCACUCACUCACUUCACACAACACCACACAAUGCAAACCUUGUUCUUGUUCUUAUUAUUGUCCCUUUUCCUUUCCUUCUUCUCAUGUGCAUUCUCAUCGCAACCCUUCUUCUUCCUCAACAGAAGAACCCUCCAUGAACCCUUUAUACCAUCAACCUCUCUCCCUCCUUCACAACCACCACAACCAUCACCUCUUCACCCUUCAACCCAAAAACAAAAACCCAAAUACCCAUCAUCCACCAUUCCAACUACUUCCACCACCACAACAACAACAACAACCACAACACCAGCAACAACAAAUCCAAAUUCACCAUUUUUCCCAUUAUACCCUUCUUCCCCUCCACCUCCCCCAUUUUCCCCAACCACCUUUGCUUCCUUCCCUGCCAACAUCUCCUCCCUUGUUAUCCCUCACUCCCCCAAACCCAACUCCUCCUCCAACAAACUCCUCCCCCUCGCCCUCUCCGCCGCCGCAGCCGCCGUACUCGCCGUCGCCCUCUCCGCCUUCGUCUGCUACCGCCGCCGGAACCCUCCCCCCGCCAUCCACCGCAAAAUUCUCCGCUCCGACACCGACCUCGCCCCUCUCCGCCGCAAUGCCGACACCGCCGCCGUCGAAACCCGCAAGCUCCGCCACACCUCCUCCGCCAGCUCUGAGUUUCUCUAUCUCGGCACCGUCGCCAACACUCACUUAAUUGAAGACGCCGCCGGCGAUGUCUCCGACGACCGGAAAAUGGAGUCGCCGGAGCUCCGGCCGCUUCCGCCGCUCGCUCGGCAGGCUUCAUUGCCUCCGCCGCCGCAUCCUCCGCCGCGCGAUGACCCGGGUUUCACCACCGCGGAGGAGGAGGAAGACGACGGCGACGAGGAGUUUUACUCGCCGAGAGGCUCGUCGUUGGGAGGCUCCGGCGAAAAUGGAUCGGAUUCCCGGCGAGUUUUCGCCGCCGGGGGAAUCGCCACCGUCACCUCUAGCUUGUGCUCUUCCUCUUCCUCUGCCUCGCCGGAGAGGUCUCAUUCCAUCAGCCUCUCGCCGCCGGCGAGUUCGAGCCCCCGGAGAACACAACCAAAAUCGCCGGAAAACUACAACCAUCAGCACGUGCAAUCUUCUCCUUCCUCUCCUUCGUUAUGCUCAACUCCAGAUAGGGUUUUCAGUGAACAUGAUAACGAUGCAUUGAAUGCACGUGCACGUGCACAUUCACAUGCAUCAUCACACGAAGGAACAUUGGAGAAAAACGAAAAUGCGUCACCACCACCACCGAGACUAUCUAAUGCUUCUUCGUCUUCGGCGUUUUCUCUUCCCUCUUCGCCGGAGAAGUUGACACGUCAUCACACGUUCGAUCAGUCUCCGAGAAUUUCGAGUUUCUCCGACGGACUAAUGUUACCGAGUCUGUCAUCAUUGCCUGUGUCACCCGCCCUACUUUCGUCACCGGAAACCGACAGAGGAAUGUCGAGUCAAUUGGGAACAGGCUCCUACGGUGUGCCUGCGCCGCAGAGGAAACACUGGAACAUUCCACUACUCUCAAUAGCAACACCCUUUGAUGAAAUUGGAACUGUUCCAGCUCCUCCACCUGUGCCACAAAGGAGGCACUGGGAGAUUCCCGGCCCUGCUCCACCGCCGCCUCCGCCUCUGCCACGGCAGAGGAAGCAGUGGGGAGUGCCGCCGCCGGGGCCAUCGACACAGCCAGCGUCGAGGCCGCCGGAAUUGGUGCCUCCUUCUAGGCCUUUUGUGUUGCAAAACCAAGCAAACAAUGUUUUGGGGGAAAUUGAAGAGACUAGUAAACCCAAGUUGAAGGCCCUGCAUUGGGACAAAGUGAGAACAACAUCUGAUCGUGAAAUGGUGUGGGAUCAGAUGAAGUCGAGUUCGUUUAAAUUGAAUGAGAAAAUGAUUGAAACAUUGUUUGUAGUGAACACACCAAACCAAAAACCUAAGGAUGCAACUGCAAACUCAGUUUUUCACCUGCCAAAUCAGGAGGAAAGAGUGCUUGAUCCUAAAAAGUCUCAAAAUAUUUCAAUCUUGCUGAAAGCGCUUAAUGUCACUAUAGAAGAAGUGUGUGAAGCACUUUUAGAAGGUAGUACUGAUACACUUGGAAUAGAAUUACUUGAAAGCUUAUUAAGAAUGGCACCAAGCAAGGAAGAAGAACGUAAGUUGAAGGAACAUGAAGAUGACUCACCAACCAAGCUCGGUCUGGCUGAGAAAUUUUUGAAGGCAGUGCUUGAUGUGCCUUUUGCAUUUAAAAGGAUUGAAACAAUGCUUUACAUAGCCAAUUUUGAGUCGGAAGUGGAGUAUCUUAGGACAUCCUUUCAAACUCUAGAGGCUGCCUGUGAAGAGCUGCGACAUUGUAGAUUGUUCUUGAAGCUUCUGGAGGCUGUACUAAAAACUGGGAACCGUAUGAAUGUGGGAACCAACCGUGGGGAUGCAGAAGCAUUCAAACUUGAUACUCUUCUCAAACUGGCCGAUGUUAAAGGCGCAGAUGGGAAAACCACUCUACUGCAUUUUGUUGUGCAGGAAAUUAUUCGAACCGAAGGAGCUCGGCUCUCCAACACGAAUCAAACUUCAAGCUCUACUUUGAGUGAAGAUGCCAAGUGCAGGAGGCUUGGCCUACAAGUUGUAUCAAGCCUGAGUUCCGAGCUAGCAAAUGUGAAGAAGGCUGCUGCUAUGGAUUCUGAAGUUCUCAGCAGUGAUGUCUUAAAACUUUCCAAAGGAAUUGCAAACAUAGCAGAGGUUGUGCAAUUAAAUCAAACCACAGGAUCAGAUGACAGCAGCCAGAAGUUCACAGAAUCAAUGAACAAAUUCAUCAGAAUGGCUGAGGAGGAAAUUCCAAAAAUCCAAGCCCAAGAAAGUGUUGCUUCCUCUCUUGUGAAGGAAAUCACUGAGUAUUUUCAUGGGAACUUGGCAAAGGAAGAAGCUCAUCCAUUUAGAAUCUUCAUGGUUGUAAGAGACUUUCUAGCAGUUCUUGACCGGGUCUGCAAAGAAGUUGGAAUGAUAAAUGAGAGAACCAUGGUUAGUUCGGCCCAUAAAUUCCCUGUGCCAGUUAACCCAAUGCUUCCACAACCCCUUCCUGGAUUACAUGGAGGGCAACAGCAUAACAACUCUUCAGAUGAUGACAGUUCAUCACCUUAGCUAUACUAUAUCUUUCAUGAAAGUGACUUUUUGGCUGUAUCUUCUCCUUAAAACCUGGAACCAGGUGAUUUUUGAUUGGUUGGAGCCUACAUGGUUUGGCCAAAAUUGUUGUAAUUUAUUUUCUUGUUACAUUGUAAAAAUUCUUGUAAAAGAUUUCAGUUUAUGUAGAUUAUAUAUGUAGAGUAAAAAAAUUUCUCUGGGGAGAAAAAGCUUGAAUAUGUACGAUAAGACGAUAAGGUUAUUGUAUUGUAGUCAUGUACAAAGCUUUUCAAUUAGAGAUAACCUUUGCUUGCAAUUGGAAUUACCCUACCGUCAUCCUAGUUCGAGAUUUUGCA